AUGGGGAAAAACCAAGCCUACAAAGCUAUGCAGAGAGCAAGGUUGGGCGGUGCCUCCGCCGGCCCCGAUGAGAUUGAAGACGGCAUGGUGGAUGGUUCAUUUCAUUCACCAGAAUGGCAUGCAGCUCGUUUGGCUAGCCUUAACACCUCUCAUACCAUUACAUGGGAAGAGUACAAAAAGAAGCAAAAGGAAGAGGAAAUAAGAAAAGGGGAAUUGGAAGCAGAUGCAGAUAGGAUGAUGAGAGAGUACAGAGCUCAACUAGAUGCUGAAAGGGCUCGUAAGCUUUCCCAAGGAAGAAAUCACUCCAGUAGCAAGUCUAAACAUUCAAAAGAUAAGAGGGACAAAAUUUCAAAGAAGCACAGCAGCAGAAAGAGAAAGCAUUCAAGAAGAUCUUCUGCAUCUAGCUUCUCUUCAUCAUCUUCCUACUCUUCCAGUAGUGAUGAAGAAGAAAGAGGGUCAAGAAGAUCCAAGUCCAGGUCUAAGAGGUCAAAGAAGGAAAAGAAGCCCAAGUCAAGAGGCAAGGAUACUGGAACGGAUAGCGAAGAUAAUGGUCCAGUUCGGCUUUCAAGAUUCUUUGGGAACGUCAAGAGUUAA